UCCAUGCCACUGGCAAUGUUCACAUUAAAAGUUUGUAAAAAGUACUGGCCACUAAAACAAUGAAAUUAACAAAUUAAAAAUAAAAAGUGAAAAUAAUUUGAAUUUAGAAUCGGAAUUGUUUUAUUCUUCUGUUGUGUUGCUGUUCGAUAAGUUGUGUGUAGAUUAAUUUAUUUUUAAGUGUCUCUCUAAACAAUUGAGGUUAUUUUUAUUGACACAUAAAUGACAUUAAUCGAGCGGCAUGGCAGCGUGGCACAGAAGUGGGUUGAAGUUAAUUGCUCUCCUGAUGUUCUGUGGAACAGCUGAUGUUGACGGGAGUAUGCCGGUGGACUUGGCGGCCGAUGAGAAAGCAUUACCGCAAACGACAGUACAGCCGUCAUCAACAUUAUCUAGUGUCGCUACAACGAACAUCUCAACAUCUACGUACGCCACAAAUAUACCUCCGAUACCACCCAGCGAUAGAGACAGAUUCCUCACGUUCGCGGAGUCCGGACAUCAUCAGACGUUUAUGUUCGCUAAAGAUAAUACAUACAUACAGUUAGAUGGUGAUAUCAUACAAAGGUUUCAAUUAAGGCUAUGCAGAGAAAUUUCGUUCAAAUUCCGAACAAGAUUACCUCACGGACUUCUGGUGUAUCACAAUGUCAAGAAUCCUGUUUUCAAAAUGCAACCGUACGCUUUAUACGUGAUCGUGGAGAAAGGAGAGUUGAAAGUUGUCCACGUGUUUGGCAAACAUUUGACGUCAGUGACAGUUGGGCGCGCGCUGAACAGGGACCAGUGGCACAGCGUCGUCGUCACUAUAGACGUGCACGGCGCCAGACUGAUCGCCAAAGUCGACCAGCUCAAAGAAGAAGUUUAUUUAAAAGGUUUGAGUUUCGACACAAAUUACGGUAUCACGGACAACCUGACCUCUGUGAUUCUAAUUGGAGGUUUAAGUUCCGAAGAGAAACUACAUGGAGUUAAAUAUAUUAUUGAAUCAUUUGUCGGUUGUAUCAGCGAUAUGGUUUUAAGUUCCGGCAAAGCGGCGUCAGACCUGCUCCCCAUAGUGCCUUUGAUCGCUACAAAACAUGAAAACGUUAACGAAGGAUGUUCUGAUAAAUGCAGAACUGUAGAAAACCUCUGCUUCGAAGGUUCCAGAUGUAUAAACGAAUACAAUGGAUAUAGAUGCGAUUGCUUUGGUACUUUGUACGAAGAACAGUUAUGUGAUGUAUUUACGGCGACAGCUCUGACGCUGCGAGGCUCCAGUUACGUGUCUUAUCGGGUUUAUGAUUGGAAGGACCGCGUGCAUUCUACACAUACAAGAGUCAGCCUGCACUUCAAGACUCGUUUCGACGAUUCAGCCUUGUUUUACGCCAGCGGUCAAAUAGACGACAAAAAUCACUACAUCGCUCUCUCUAUUCACCAAGAAAAGGUAGCCAUACAAAUAGACUUAGGAGACGGUCCUGUAGAGGAUUAUUUAGGAGAGAAAGUUAACAAUAACAAAUGGCACAAUCUGACAGUCAUAUUGCAAGAAAAAUACGCUUUUGUAUACCUCGAUGACGUCACAGAGACGUAUGAAGUACCAGGUAACGCCAAAUACGUUUGCAUCGACCCUGAAAUUUAUAUAUGCGGAGGUCCAGAUCUACACAAAAUGAAAGGAUUGCAAUCUUUCAAUAACUUCGCUGGUAAUUUGAAAUACGUUUAUUACAAUGACGUAUCGAUAUUAUAUGAAUUGAAGCAAAAUAAUCCUAAAGUUCAUUACAUUGGGGUAUUGGAUCCGGAAUUUGAGGAGUUCGAUAUUGAGGUUAUACCGAUAACUUACCCUUUCGCAACGUCCCAUAUAUGGUGGCCGUUGAAUCAGAGCAAUAGCAUUAAUUUGAUUUUCGACUUUAAAACAAGUAAGAAUAUGGCUGUUCUCGCUUACAGCCAGAUAACAACUGGACAAGGAUAUUGGGAGGUUAGAAUGGUGAAAGAAGAAAUAAGAUUUGAAUUAGUACCAGAUAUAGGAACGAAUGUAACCGUACUAAAAUCAGUGAAAUUCAACGUUAGUAAUGACUGGCACACCGUGGAACUUGACUAUAGGAAAGGAAGGAUUAAACUGAGUGUUGACAAUCAUAAUAAACAUGCACAAAUGUUCGGAUUGGACUUUCAACUUCAAGAUAAAAUAGUAAUUGGAAGCGGAUUAAAAUCUGCGAAUUUGGGCUUGAUCGGAUGCAUGCGGAACAUUAAAAUAAACGGCCUCACUAUAGAACCAAGGUUCGUGAUCAACACAGAGAGAGUUGUGGGCGAGGUGGCGAUAGACGACUGCCGCUACGUGGACCCCUGCACCAGACCCAAUACAUGUGAACACGGCGGCAUCUGCUCUAUCAGAGAAGAUAGAGUUAUAUGCAACUGUGAUAAUACUGGUUAUAUUGGAGAGAAUUGUCACUUCGCGACGUUCAGAAAGACUUGUGAAGAAUUAGCAUUGCUGGGAUAUACAAGGAAUGACGUCUAUCUCAUAGACAUUGAUGGCAAUGGGAAGUUCCCACCGGCACAUGUCAAAUGUGAGUUCCAGAUUGAGGCGGAUUCAUCUACCACUGUCGUGGAACAUAACCUCCCAAGCCAAGUGGAUGUGCGAUCGGCGUCAGGUCAAGACUUCAGCUUUAAGAUAAAGUAUAGAGAAUUCUCAGCUGAAAUGAUACAAGAACUGAUCUCUCAUUCUUUGUUCUGUCGUCAGUACAUCAAAUACGACUGUAACAUGGCGCCUCUGGAACUUCAUAGUGCUACGUGGUUUAUAUCUUCUUCGAACGAUACCGUAGACUAUUUAGGAAAUGUUAAAAGAAAUUUAAUUACCAGAGGCUACUGUCCGUGCGGAGUGAACGCGACUUGCGUCAACCCCACCAAGUCCUGCAACUGCGACGCUAACGAGAACAAAUGGCAUGCGGAUGAAGGCAUCCUUCUAGACCCGAAGAGUCUCGGCAUCACGGAGAUGUUCUUCCUGCAGCAGAAAGAUUUGACAGAAGAAGCCCAGGGUAGAAUCACUCUCGGGCCUUUGGAAUGUGUUGAGACAAAUACUCAGCGAUACGUCGUAACAUUCACAACUUCGCAAUCCUACAUCGAAGUGCCCGGAUGGAGGAAAGGAGAUAUUGCCUUCAGUUUUAGAACAACCGGAACCAGCGCCAUCUUGUUGUUCCAGCCGCCAAUCAGACCAAACUAUCCAUCAUUUAUGGUCGCUUUGACUAGUGAACACGAGCUGACCUUCAACUUCACACUGAACACUGGCACUACGAGGAAACUGGUCAUCAACUCCAAGAGAAAGCUGAACGGCGGAGAGUGGCACAAAAUAUGGAUAGAUUACAACUUCUAUCACGUCCGAUUCAUGCUGAACACAGAGUACCAAAUGCUGAAUUUACUGCAAGAAGAAGAAUUCGGACCUUUCGAGGGGUCAAUGUUUAUCGGAGGUGCUACUGCGGAACAUUUGAAGAAAUCUGCUGUACAUCAAGGUCUAAUAGGCUGUUUUAGAGGUUUAGUCGUGAACGGGGAAGUUCUAGACAUAUACAGUUACAUGUCUGUGCACUUGUCUGAAAUCAUUAAAGACUGCAAACCCUCGUGUGUACCAAACCCUUGUCAGAAUAAAGCGACUUGCAAAGAACUCUGGUCGACUUAUGAAUGUAUCUGCAAAAAUCCCUGGGCUCAUCUCGGUGUGCAUUGCGAAGAAAAUAUAAACGAAAAGGCAUUAACAUUUCAAACGAAAGAAGCUUAUUUAAAAAAGAAUUAUUUAGUCGACAACGAAACAGACGCUGAGAAACAUAGAUUGAAGAAAAUGAUGACGGAAAAUGUCCUAAUGAAUCUAAGAACAUAUGACGAUAACGCCUUAGUACUCUAUGCUAAUGAUAAUCUUAAUAAUUUCAUACAUUUAUUCAUUCACAAUGGAACACAAAUUGUUUAUCUAUUCAAUGAUGAAGACGAAAUUAUCGAAUUAAAUGUAACUUAUGAUAAAAUAAAUAAAGGAGAGAGUGUACAGAUCGCUAUCAUCAGAACAGAAAACACGACAACUUUACACGUGAACGAUAAGAACAAUACAAUCCGGAAAGUAGCGAAACUUCUAUCAAACUAUACCAAUAAGCCUUGGAUUAACCCAGAAUUAGAGGUGAUACGCCCACAACGACCGCCAGCGCCACCAACAGAUUACUUCCAAAUGAACCUCGGAGGUUAUGAUCCAUACUCCUUACAUCUGGCGCCGAGAGCCCACAUUUUGCCGCAAGGAGGAUACGUCGGCUGCGUCAGAGGAUUCAAAAUAGCAGACCACGUUGUUGAUCUGUCGAGAAAAGCGUUGCAAAAUAUAGACCAAGAUCUAACGGGAGUUCUACCAGAAUGUAAUAUGAAAUGUGACUCUGAACCUUGUAAGAAUGGCGGCGUUUGUACUGAGGACUUUACUAAUCAGGAGAGCAGCUGUGAUUGCGAACUGACGAGUUACUUCGGAGAGUAUUGUAUGGAGGAGAAAGGUGCCGACUUCAAUGGAGAGAGUAUUCUCCAGCGGCGAUUUGUUCUCUUAGGUCCAGUGCUUAAAGUAAAAAUAAAAUUGGCCUUUUCUAGUAAUGAUCUCAGACAGAAGAAUACAGUUCUUUUAUUGGUACAGACUGAAAAUAAACGUAGCUACUAUUUACUUGUGGCGAUAACACAGGAUGGAUAUCUUAAGUUUGAAGAGGACAGAGAGGAGUACGCUUACGGCGCUGAAGUAAAGAAUAGAAACUUUCUAAAUGGCGCCCGCCAUACUGUGUACUAUACAAGAAUAGGUCAGGAAGCGAAGCUCUUAAUAGACAGAAUAGAGGUGCCGCUCGAGAAACUCCCGCCUCAAGGCCUCUGGGAGGUGUUUGAUGUGGGCUCUAACGAAGUGCAAAUAGGGGGCCUCAACACCACUGACCCCCGACUUAUGAUUUACAAGGGUUAUAACGGAUGUCUAUCUAACAUAUUCGUUGAACUAAACGACUAUGAGAUGAAACCAUUAGAAGAGUACAUGUUGUUCACUCGCUCUGACGCCGAGAAGGUGAACGCGGUGAACGCGCGCGGCGUGCGCAGCGCGCAGUGCUCCGCGGACUUCGACGACACCUGGCCGGAGCGGGAUCAGCUCGCGACACACAAUGGAAGCUUCCUUAUCAGUGUCGAUAAGACGUGGGUUGAAGAUCCACCGGCAAGAGCACCGUACGACUCUAUACACCAACAACCCGACACUGAGGAAGAGAAUACAGAUAAAUUCUUCAUAGCUCUAAUAGUUAUUUUCUUACUUGGACUAUUCUAUUGUGGUUCACAUAUGUGGCGGACCCACAAAGCUCAUAAAUUACGCUUAGAAAAAGAAACCGAUGAAAAUAUAAUGCGAAAUAAAGAGAAAGCUAUAAAACUGCAAGAACCCAGCGUCUCGUUUCUACAGCUUAAUAAAGAAGAUGGUGUCCAGGUAAAAGAAGAAUUAAAAGCAAAUGGGGUUACAAUAGAUAUAACCCCAACGGUAAUCGUGGAAACCAGCGAUGAGAAACCAGUUGUCAGAAAGGGUUCUUUGAGAUUUAGAGAAAUUAUAGAUAAAGAUGUCGCUUUUGAGACAUUAGAAGAAAAAGAUGAAACAUUAGAAAACGAAGAUGACGAUACUUCAGAAAAUGAUUCAGAAGAUGACGAGGAAAUAGCAAGUGAAGAGAAAACGGAACCAAAUGACCUGCCCGAAAAAAAUAAUAACGGACUACCGGUGAUGACUUCGCAAUCACCGUAUAAAAUUGAUGAAGAAAAUUCAAUCCAACUAACUACGAGUGCCUAAAUAAUUUUGUAAUUAAUUAAUGUUAAUAUUACAUGAUCUAGUGUUGCA